CUCGUCUUCGACAGUAACGCUUUCCUAGAUUCUUCAUCAACUCCGAAUUUCUUGUACGCCUUCACGCCCAGGAUGAAGAGCGACUUUCGAGGUCAAAUUUCUCCGAAUCUGCGACAAAGAUAAAUAAUCCUGUUUUUCUGCGCAUGCAGCGACAGCAACUUCUCGUAGAGCUCCGUGAAAGCGAACAGCAUGGCUACCCCCACACUUUCCGUCGAACAACAAAUAAAGCAGCUCGAUGAGGCACGAAAGCUCGUAUUGAGUGAUGCUACUUACUAUGAACGAAUCAUACAAGGCAUCCUACCUAUUGCUGCUCCUGGUGCCAGGGUAGAGUUGCGACGAUGGGUUGCCGAUUUUUUGGCAGAGACGUUCGCAAGUCCCUGGGUACCGGCGCAUGAGAAAGAGAAGAUGAGCUUGAUAGUAUUGGAUACUUUGAAGUCUAUGAUUGAGAAUCCACAAGAGGAUGCUGCGGUCGUGAAGAGUGUCGUACAAACAGCUGCGAGUUUAUACCCUGUUGUGGUGAGAAGGAUCAUCAACGAACCAAAUGACAGCCAGACAUGGAGUAAGAUGCUUGCUAUCAAGUUGAGAAUUCUACGGAUAUGGGACACUGCUACUACAGGUGUACGGAUAUGCUGCAUCAAGUUUGCUCAGCGUGUCGUCCUAGUACAAACAAAUGGCCCAGCUGUUGAUCCUAGGAAUGGCAAUCCUCUCGAAGUGUCCCUUUCCAUGGUUCCCCCGAAUCAUCCCCUCAUGCCUCCUAUGAACCUGGAAGCCGAAGCAUCUGGACUGUUAGACCGAAUGUUAUCAGUCUUCCAAGAGAAUAUCAGCGAUGCCGUUCUCGUUGAUGCUACUCUAAACUCCCUUUCUAUUCUGAUCAGAGCCCGUCCCCAUAUUGCCAAUAGAAUCUUGAACGUCAUCUUAAACUUCAACCCCCUUAAACAAGCCAAUUCGCCCAUGACCCCCAAGCUCCGCGUUAUGGUGAAGUCUAUGGAAAAGACCACUAGAUCAUUGCUUGUACACAUCUUGAAACGGGACAACCAACAUCCAUUGGCAGGUAAGAUCCAGCAAUAUGUGGAGAGGAUGAUGAGAUCGAAGUCGGAUAUUUUCGAUGAAGUUAGUCGUAAACGAGGUCCACCUGAGCCUACAGAUGGUUUAGACGCUGCAAAGCGACAAAAACUUGCUGCUCAAGUGACAAGUGCUCCGCCAAAAUUCCAUGUUCCUCCCCUAGACCCUGGCCCUCACUCGGUCGCUGAGCUUUUCACUGUCACAACCGACGAUGCCUUAAAAGCGUUCGAUGUUGCACAACUCUCAGAAGACAUGGUCGUCAAAAUUGGCAUUACGAUUCUGCAACGCAUUGACGUCGAUAUGUUGAACCAAGCAGUUGAAGGCGUUCGGAAAAGAUUAAAAAUCAUGUCUGAGAUUGAACGUCUAGUGGUUACUUCAUCAACAAUACCCUUGGAUGUAGAAGAUGACGAUGAUGACUACGAACCCGCGGAAGAUACAGAGCAAAUACUAAAUAAGCUCGACGCCGCACCUCCAGCUGAACUGGUAAAACUUCUGCCACCAGCACCAGAAGUAGCCCUCGGAAAGUUCAAGUUACCCGACCCACUUCCCAUGUCACCAGAGGAAGUCGCCCUAGCCGGACGAGGUGUGGUCGAUAGACUCUUCGGUCUGAUGACAAGCUUGGAUGAAAGAGACAAGAAAUCAAAAUCUGCUGGUUUCAACAGAUUGGCAGCAAGUACAAAUGAUCGAGAUUCAUGGGUCACAAUCAUCACUCGAAUUGCAACACGUGCCAGCGCUGGUUUAGAGGAAGCCGACGGUGUGAAGGUUGAGGCCAAUCGCCCAACACCAUUCUCUAUGAGCAAUACGAUCCGCGAAGAAAUGUACAACUACGUUUUUAUGGACUUCCGCAAGCGUAUUGAUACUGCUGUUCAAUGGCUUUGCGAGGAGUGGUAUAAUGACAGAAUGCAGAUGAAGCGAGGAGUAGACGCCAUCUUGCAUUACGAGAAAUGGGUUCUUAGGAUUUUGGAUGGCAUCUUACCAUACUUGGAUUCACAAGAUCGUACAUUGCUCAUCAAGUUCCUAGGAGACAUUCCAGGACUGAGUGCGGAAGUUCUCGGUAGGGUCACAGGCUUGUGUGUCAACCCAAGCACCGUAAACAUGGCUUUGCAAAGUCUGCUCUAUCUGCUUGUAUACCGUCCACCUGCGAAAGAACUUGUACUUGCCGCCGUCGAAGACGUUUGGAAUACUUACGAGGACGCUAGACCUGUUGUGGUCAAACUGUUCGUCAAGUAUCGACCUGAUUACGGCGAGCGAUUCAAGGCUGCAGAGGGAGCAGAGAGGGCGAACGGUGUACCGGAAGUCAAGGAGGUCGCGGCCACUUGAGGAAGCUUUUCCUAUCUCACAAAUCAUGGCGGUGUAUUCUAGUCUCAGGGCAUGUCAUCUUCAGCAUCAUUGGGUGGCGUAAUGGACUCAUUUGAUGGGUUUCGACGAAUACACAAAAGUCGAUCUGGUCUAGCAACGACCCUUGUAUUCAUGGAAGCGAAAUGAUGGAGCGUUAUGAUAUUGAGCUGUCGAUUUGGUGGAAAUACCCACUACCGAAUGAAAUUUGACUAGAGAAGCAAGAAAUGAAUGCUCAACCAAGUCUCCUAUCACAAUUUUAC